AUCUAAUUUUUCUUAGAGCGAAUGGUAUUUGCUAAAACGAAUUAUUCUUAGAAACUGGUUUUCCCAAUUUUUUUAGCUCCAUAAUAAUAGUGGAAAUUGCCAUACACAAGAAACAUGUCUAAAAGCAACGGUAGCAGCUUUUAACAGGGAAAAUGAACGCUAUAUUAAUGAAAAUUCACCAAAAAUAAACAAAAAUGUUAUUCCAAUAAAACAUGAUAAUGAUUAGACUUAGUAACUCAAAAUGAGAGAAACCUGAUGCUUAUUUUGCACUGAUGCACAGAUGGCUAAAUCAAUUUUUAGUAGUAUAUUAUGCAACAAAUUUUAUAAAUGCCACUUUUGUUACCAGUUUUAUUUUUUCACGAGUAGAAAGCGAGUAAUAAGAAUAACUGAAGAAGUUUAUCAACAUGUUAAGUACUAAACACUUUUUCUUGGAAUUCUUUGAAUACAUUUUGGCGAAGCAGCAGGAAUAAUAGAAUAAUAGAACGCAACUGGAUCACUGGUUAAUUGAAUCUACUUGAACAAAACUUAAAAGAAAAAGCUGACUCUGACUUAACAUUCCUAAUGUUAUGCGUUUACGAAACCAAAUUAACCAAGUGGUUUAUCUCUGCACAUAACCUCGAUCAAGUUUGGAAAUGAUAAUAAUUGUUGAUAUAUUUAUGAUUAAAAUUACAUUUAAGUCCCCAUAGGAAGAUAUUUGAAACGGAUUUUUGCGUUAAUUGUUAUGGAUUUUUGUGAUCUAACGGUAAACCUAAAAGAUAUAAAAUCGGACAUAUUAAAAGGAAUUUAUGAAUGUUCAGAGAGAGGAUUGUUUCAUACAGUAAAAUGGUUAUCAGAAUUAAAUUUUGCUUUACAUUCCGUAAUUCCUUCCGUAGACGUUAGGCCCACUGAGGAUAGCUGUGGCGAAGAAAAUGGAGCUUUUUUAUUAGCCAAAUCAUACUUUUAUUUAAAGGAAUAUGAUCGCGCUUCCUUUUUCGUCAAAAAUUGCAUUAAAGCAAAACCUAGAUUCUUGUAUUUUUAUGCAAGGUAUUUCUCGAUUGAGAAAAAAAAAUUAGACAAUAUGACUGAGACAAAUUGUCCUCCAGACCCAACACAAAAUGAAGCAUUAAAGGAUCUCUGUUCUGAAUUAAAAAGUGAUUUUUAUGAUAAUAAAUUGGAUGGAUAUUGUAUUUACUUGUAUGGCAUUAUACUGAAAAAGUUGGAUCUGAAAACAUUGGCCAUUAAUGUUUUGACAAAAGCUGUACAAGAAGAACCAAUUCUAUGGUGUGCAUGGUACGAAUUAGGAAAGCUGAUCAAUGUAACCAGUUUUAGUCAUCUACCAAAUCAUUGGAUUAAGUACUUCUUUAUGGGGCACACCUAUUUAGAACAACUUAAUAAUGAUGAAGCUUUAAGAGUUUACCAUCAACUACAAUCACUUGGAUUUUCGGAUAGCACAUAUGUGAUGUCCCAACUUGCUAUAGGGCAUCAUAACAAAAGAAAGUUGGAUGAUGCAAUAAAGAUGUUUAGACAAAUUUUGGAAAUAGAUCCGUAUAGACUAGACAACUUAGAUACAUAUUCUAACCUUUUGUAUGUACUUGAAAUGAAAAAUGAUCUUGCCAAUUUAGCUUAUAAGGUGGUUGGUAUAGACAAGUACCGUGUUGAAACUUGUUGUGUGAUUGGAAACUACUAUAGCCUGAGAUCGGACCAUGCAAAAGCAGUGUUGUACUUUAGAAGGGCUUUGAAGUUAAAUCCGCAGUUUCUCUCUGCUUGGACAUUGAUGGGUCAUGAGUAUAUGGAAAUGAAGAAUAUAAACGCAGCAAUACAGAGUUAUAGAUAUGCUAUUGAAAUUAAUGCUAGAGAUUAUAGAGCUUGGUACGGUUUAGGUCAAACUUAUGAGAUUCUUAAAAUGCCGUUCUACUGUUUAUAUUAUUACAAAAAAGCCCAAGAAUUGAAGCCAAAUGAUAGUCGCAUGGUCAUUGCACUGGGAGAAACAUAUGAAAGAUUGGAUAAAACUGAGAAUGCUUUAAAAUGUUAUUACAAGGCGUGUGCCAUUGGUGACAUUGAGGGUUCGGCAUUAAUCAAACUCGCAAAGUUAUAUGAUAAGCUGAAUGAAAGAGAUAACGCCGCUGCUGUGUACAUAGAUUAUUGUUUACAGGAGGAAGAGCGGGAAGAAAAAAUUAUGGAGGCGCAAACUGAAUAUUACAAUGCCCUGCAAUAUUUAGCAAAUUAUUGUUUAAAGAAAGGGGAAUUAGAGGAUGCAUACACCUAUGCUUAUAAAUGUAUGGAAUGUGCUGAGACCAAGGAACAAGGAAAAGCUCUACUGAAAGCGAUAGCGGCAAAAAGGAUAGAGCACGACGAACCUGGGCAGCAAGACGCAAUGAAUGUUACCAUGGGAGUUGCCAAUAUGUCAGUUGGCAAUGAAGCGGAUAUUUCCAAAACAAAUAAUGAUAUGAAUAUUCCAUUCUCCUCCACAGGAUUCUGACUUAUAUAAUUAAAUAAAUAAAUGAGCUUUUUUCACUUAAACUGACAUAAAGGUUUAAACGUGCGCACGUUA